UUUAGGUGAAUCAAAUCGUUCUAUCACAGAAUAAAAAUGUAUGGUAAAGAAUAGCAACGUGUGGUGAAUUCUUCAAUUUGAAAAUGUAAAGUAAAUAACAGUCCUGAUGUCUGUUGACGUUGGUGACUGUGUUUCAGAAGUUAUUUAUGUUAUUGACAAACAAGCUUGGCUCGCUUUCAUGACCAGAAUCACACGCACCCAACACGACGACAACAGCGCAUGGACAGAAGAUAUAGGAAGUUACCAUUCGCCAGGACUCGAAAAACUUGUCGGGUAGACUUUCGAUUACAAUUCAAGUCAAGUUUAAAUCUCAACCGUCAAUGUACUGACAGCCGACUAUUGUUUAUUUUUUGCUUUAUAUUAUUUUACAAAACAAUCAGGAACAGCAUCGCUCACCUUGGGUCGCGCAGGUGAAUUUAUUUGUUCACUUGGGAGUCCCCCACAGCCUUUUCGGGAACUAGUGGACGAAGCAGUUUCCCUCUUGGCAACUAUGUUCAUAUGUACAGGAUUCUAAAAUAAAUAGACCGUAAUUGCAGGUGGUUGCCUGCUGAUUGUGGGGGGGCAGUGCCACUAAGGUAUGCUGGAGAGGACCUGUGUGUGUCAGCCAACGGGAUGAGUGUGUCUGAUGGUACGACGGGGGCAGCUAGACGGGACGUAGAUCGACAGAAGCAGCAGGAUGUUGUCAUCCCGAUCUAUCCCCGUUUGUCCCAGGAGACUCCAGCAUGUUUUCACAUCCAGGUCAGCCCAGGAGCCACAGCGGCAAUGGUUAUCCAGUUUGCAGUGGCCACUUUAGACCUGGACGUGACCCGAACGUAUAUCCUGCUGGAGGUCACACAAGCUGGAGGUGGGGAGAGGAGGUUAGGGGACACUGAGGUGCCUGGGGAGAGGGUUUUACUGUGGCCACAAAGAGCCAGGAAAGAGCAUCUCCAGGAAGAGGGGUAUUACUUCAUUCUGCAAGCCCAGGGAGGUGGAGGGGCUCCGGGCCCAGGGGCGGACGAUGUUGGGGUGCCUUCACUGGAGGACUAUGAUGACCUGUGCAGCCUGUCCCCCCUGACGGAGGACACUAUCCUGACCACGUUGCGCCAGCGCUUCUACAAACGCAAAAUCUACACGUACGCCAGUGGCAUCCUGGUCGCCAUUAACCCCUUCAAGUUCCUGACUAUCUACAACCCCAAGUAUGUUACAAUGUACUACAACCAGCCGCUAGGAAAGUUAAGCCCACACAUCUUUGCAGUGGCAGACGCGGCGUACCACACCAUGCUCAGGCAGCAGGAGAACCAGUGUGUGGUGAUAUCAGGGGAGAGUGGGUCAGGGAAGACCCAGAGCACCAACUUCCUGAUUCACUGUCUGACGGCACUGAGUCAGAAGGGUUGCAGCAGUGGGGUGGAGAGGACCAUACUGGGAGCUGGGCCUGUGCUGGAGGCAUUUGGCAACGCAAGGACUGCACAGAACAACAAUUCUAGCCGCUUCGGGAAGUUUAUCCAAGUCAACUAUUUGGAGAGUGGUGUGGUGAGAGGGGCGGUAAUUGAGAAGUAUUUGCUGGAGAAGUGUCGACUGGUGUUCAGAGACAAGAGUGAGAGGAACUACCAUGUGUUCUACUACCUGCUGGUGGGGGCAUCCCCUGAGGAGCAGACAGAGUUCCGCCUGCUACAGCCUGAAGACUACGCCUACCUCCAACAGGAGAACCUGCAUUUAGAAGAUGCUGAGGAUCUCCGACAUGAAUUUAAGAAGCUUCAUCAGGCCAUGGAGAUGGUGGGAUUCCUGCCGCCCACUAGGAAUCAGAUAUUCUCUGUGCUCUCCGCUAUCCUGUACCUGGGCAACGUGACUUACAGCCAGUCAGAAGAUGGACAGAGGCUGAAGGCGGGACCAGAAGAAAUCCUCUCCACCCUGUCUCACCUGCUAAAGGUCAAACAGGAGUUGCUGGUGCAGGCUUUGACUGAGCGGAAACAAAAAACAGCCAACGACACACUAGUUCUACACUACACUCUCAAAGAGGCCAUUACUGCUCGGGACUCAAUGGCCAAGACCCUGUACAGCUCUCUGUUUGAUUGGAUUGUCCUGCACAUCAACCACGCUCUACUCAACAGACGAGACAUGGAGGAGUCUGUCUCUUGUUUGUCCAUAGGUAUCCUGGAUAUAUUUGGUUUUGAGGACUUCCGGACAAAUAGCUUUGAACAGUUCUGUAUCAACUAUGCCAAUGAGAAGCUACAUUAUUACUUCAACCAGCACAUUUUCAGCCUGGAACAGGAGGAGUACAAGGCAGAGGGGAUCUGCUGGAGAACAGUAGAGUACACAGACAACCUGGGCUGUAUCCAGCUGAUCAGCCAGAAACCUACCGGACUUUUCAGCCUCCUGGAUGAGGAGAGCAAUCUACCUCAAGCCACAGAUGACACUCUGUUGGGCAAGUUCAAGAAGCAGCAUCAAAACAACCCAUACUUCAUCUCCACCCCAGUGAUGAAACCUGCCUUCAUUAUCCACCACUUUGCAGGGAUGGUCCAAUACCAGAUCCAGGACUUCCGGAAGAAGAACACCGACCACAUGCGUCCGGACAUUGUGGCGUUGCUUCGUAGCAGUGAGCUGGCCUUUAUGCGUCAGCUGAUCGGGUCGGACCCAGUGGCUGUGUUCCGCUGGGGCAUCCUCCGAGCCACUGUACGCAUCAUAGCGGCUUUUAACAGCGUUGGGCGCACCCGAGCAGCCACAGGUCUUCCCAAACGCACGUCUUCAAACUCCAUCGGGGAAGUGAAGAGAAGAUGCAGCUUGGCUCUUCUGAGACUGUCCAGCUACAGCUCCAUGCUGGACUUCUCGUUUGAUCGGUCUGACGACAACCCUGUGGAAGUGUUCGAGGACAUCUUCACCAGCUUCGAGAGCAGGAAGAAGAUCAAGACCAGCAAGCACAAGCAGCUCAUUCCCAAGAACCUGAUCAACUCCCAGUCCCUGAAGCACAUAGUAGGCCUGACGCUUUACGACCACACAACCCGCGCUGUACUUCACCCACACCAGAGGAAGAAACCACCUAGUAUCAGCGCUCAGUUCCAGGCGUCUCUGAAUAAGCUGCUGGAGACUGUGGGGAGAGCAGAGCCUUUCUUCAUUCGCUGUAUCCGAUCCAAUGCUGAGAAGAAGGAGAUGGUGUUUGAUGAUGCCUUGGUGCUACAGCAGCUGAGGUACACAGGCAUGUUGGAGACGGUCCGCGUCAGGAAGUCUGGCUACAGUGCCAAGUUCACCUUCAAGGAGUUCCUGGAGAAGUUCAAAGUGCUGCUGCCUAAAGGGGCCACUGCAGCACCAGAGGAUAUCGCUAAGCUGUUACAGAAUAUGGGCCUCAGACAGGGCACAUACCAGAUUGGGAAAACCAAGGUGUUCCUGAAGGACAAGGAGAGGCAGCGUCUCCAGGAUGCUGUGAACCAGGAAGUGAUGCGGAACAUCAUCAUCUUGCAGCGCUGGUUUAGAGCCUGUCUUGUCAGGAAUAACUUCCUAUACAAGAAAGAUGCCGCCAUCAGAAUACAGCGAUGUUGGCGGGCCUUCCUUGCUGGCAACCGAUGCCGGGCAGCAACAGUGAUCCAGGUAGCAUGGCGGGGUUCUCAGAAGAGGACGGACUACCUGAGGAAGAGGAAUAGCGUCCAGAAGAUGCAAGAACUGCUCAAAAACAAACAAGUUAAAAGCCGCUCCAAGGCUGAGGAAGAAAACCCCACACCUCCCCAGCUCCCUGUAAAGGCCCAGACACCACCCAAGCUGCCACCCAAGCCCAAGACUUCCCCAAAGCCCUCUCCCAAGCCACCAGCCAAACACCUCAUGGAGCGCCGGAGGAGUCAGGAGAGGAGGGAGCUGAAGAAGCAGUACAAUGUGGAUCACAGCCCCAGCAGGACACCUAGGCCUAAACCAAAGGUUAACGAAGAGGAGGCUGACCCGAACAAAGAGUCUGAUAAGAGAGACGGAAGAGGCUCGCCACCUUCUCUUAACAGACCUCUCUCCUUUCCCAUGGACUCCAAGGCUGGCAGGGACGAAGAGGGGAAGUCAACCAGCCCCUCCCGCCCCACCGGCACCUUGGAGCGCUACUCCCACUUGAAGGACAUCAAGGAGAAUGCAAAAAAGUGGAAGGAGAGCAGGAGUGGGGGAGCAAGUCCAGAAUUGUCCAGCCCCGAGGUCCAGCAGCCCAUUAAUAAACGCGUGGAUGGUUUGCUGAAAAACCAAGGGAUGUCCAUCUCACUGGACAAUUUGUCUAGGAUCAGCUCAGUAUCAAGCUCUGACAGCUCUCCCUCCAAUACUGAGGUCAGGUUGCCGUCCCCCAAGCGGGCCAAUCACAAGCGGCGGUUAGCCAAUGCCCGCAGUGGGCUGUAUUUUAAUCUCGGGGGGUCCCAAGAGGGCGAGUGUUGGAGCUUCCCCCUCCCCCCGAUGAGCCCUGCACUGGCGGUCAGUGACAUGGGCCAGUUCAGCCAAUCAGCAGUUGACCUCCGUCUACGCAAACCUGGGGUCCAGUCGUCUUCAGGUAAUGUGACGGACUCUUCAAGGUUCAGCCUUCCAGCCACCGGUGCCAAUGAGCACCCAGUUCUUAAAGACUCCCACCAGUCUCCAUCGCACACACCUGAGAGGAUUGGCUUUUUCAGUAAGAUUCUGAAGAAACGGCCCAAUAAAGACCCCCAACCCCCUGACUAUGGGAAGAGGACCUAUCAGAAUACAGAGUGCGGAGCCACCUCUCCCACCUCCCCAUACCGCCGUCCGUCAAACGAGGCCAACGGGUUGCUUCGGAAAGCAACCAUCUGCAUCAGCCGAGCCACGAGGGUCUCCAAGCAGUGGAAUGCUUCUUUGGAACGGGAGAUCACUGACAGCAACGAACUCCGAAACCUGGAUGAGUUCCUGGGGAACCAGGUUAAUGAGCUGCGUACCAGGGGGAAAGAGCUGUCGGCGACGGAGAGCAUCUUCCUCACUGCCACAAUGCAUUUCAGAGAGAACAUCAAGAGCAUGUACUCCAUCUCACAAAAGCCCCAAAGUGGCUACAAGGGUCUGAUGGUGAGCUACGAGAAUCGGGUGUCCAGUCUGGCUGGAACUAAGCAACAGAAUGAAGUCCAGUCAGUGGUCAACCUGUUCCAGUCCGUCCUGGAUGGCUUUAUACGAGGAGAGAUCAAACGAGCAGAGGCUGGGAUUUCCAAGACCCUGAAAAAAACAAAGGUGAAAGAGAAAAAAAGAAAGCGACCCAACAGUCCUCUGGAUCACAUGUUCAGCACGUACCAGGUGAACAUCAUGCAGUCCUGUGACCAGUGUGGCUCCUACAUCUGGGUCAUGGAAAAGGCCUACAUGUGUAGCACUUGCAAAUUGAUAAGUCACAAGAAAUGCCUCUCCAAAAUCAGCACCGAUUGCUCAACACGAUGUGCCAGGCUGGACAAUGCUUGCCUUCUGCAGUUCGGGGUGCCAGUAUGUGUUCUGACAAGUCAGGCCUGCCCAAUCCCCUUGGUGGUACAGAUGUUGCUGGAGCAUGUGGAGAUGAAUGGCCUAUACACCGAGGGCAUCUACCGCAAGUCAGGCUCCGCCUGCCACGCCCGGGAACUGCACCAGCUACUGGAGACCAACCCCGAGAUGGCGACUCUGGAGAAUUACUCCAUCCACACUGUGACAGGUCUGGUGAAACGCUGGCUCCGAGAGCUGCCUGACCCCCUCAUGACCUACAACCUCUACAAUGAAUUCCUGCAAGCUGUAGAGUUGCCAAAUCAAUCUGAGCGGCUGCGUGUGAUCUAUCAGAAAGUGGAAGGGCUACCCACUUCUAACUUCAACACACUGGAGAGGCUACUCUUUCACCUGGUCAGAGUGGCAAAGGAGGAGGAGCACAACCGGAUGUCAGCCAACUCUCUGGCCAUAGUGUUUGCCCCAUGCAUCCUGCGGUCCCCCGACACCACAGACCCCUUCCUCGGCAUGAAGGAUGUCUCCAAGACAACUAUGUGUGUAGAGAUUCUGAUCACAGAACAGUUCAGAAGGUACACGGAAAAGAUGCAAGACAUCCUAAAGCUGGAAUUUGCAGAGACCCUGGCAGUCAACCAGCUGAAGCUCAAGAGACAGAACACUAUCUUAGAGGCAUCUUCAGGAGGGGACAUGCCUAACAUGGACAGUCUUAACCCGUCAGCAACAGACAGGGAGUCAGAGAGAACGCUUAUCGAGAGGAUCAAGUCCAUCAAGGAGGAGAAGGAGGACCUGGCUUGUAGGCUGCCAGCGCUGGAGCAGGAGAACUCGGACAACGACAUCCUGGACUCUGAGUCAUCAGAGUUGGACGAUACAGUCUCAGAAGGCAGAGUGAACAUGUUAAAGAAGAGCCAGUGGCAGCAGUGCCCUCCUACGCUUGCUGACCUAACUACAGCCACAGGCCAGAGAGACCAACCUCAUGGACGGCCCAACACCAAGAUACUGAGCAGGAAAUUCUCAGACCUGGACAUCCCCUUCAUAGAUGAUGAGGACUAGCCUGGUUGCCAGUCUGUUCUUGCCCCAUGUAGACCUGUAAUGUCAAAAGUCGCUUCUCAAUCACAGCAGUGGAGCUGGGUGGGGGAAGCAAAAAUAGAUAUUGGACCAGGUUAGAGGGCUUCUAGAAAGAGAUCAUUUUGUCCUCCAACAGGUGUUAUCACUACACAAACUUAGCACUGAUGAUAAGACAUUGAACCUAGACAGAAGACGGAAGCUUUAGAAAUAGUGUUAUGCAGUCUAUAUGGAUACAUCUCUAUGGAGAGCAGACAUUCUGCAUCAGCAGUCUUUGUGAGAACUGGAAAUACCUCUUAUAAGAGUAACAGGUGGAGCAGCAUUAUGGUAACAAGAACAACCACCAAACACUUUCUGUAAAUUUUCAGGCAUCUGUUAAUGAUCAUGCUUCUUUUAGAGACAUCUCUGAUUCCCUGCUGCUGAGGAAACAUAAUGGAAUAGCAUGAGACAGUCGGUUUUACAGAUACAUCAGGCUUCCCCAGUAGCCAGGCCAUGUAACAUAUUCGUUCCGCUAGUUAUUUUAUCACCCCCCCUCAAGUUAAUUAUUUAAAAUUGUCAUUGUUUUGACAUGACAUGAUCAUCGAAAGACUAUACAAACUUUAUCUAAUGUAUGUAGGCAGUCUGUUCGCAAGUAUUCCCACACAUAAACAUGUGUUUGUAUUGCAGUGUAUUCCAGGUUUCCUACUGUAUAUCUGUUUGGGUUUUUGCUAUCCAGUUGCGGUGAGCAGCUCAAAGAAAGUUUUUCCCACAGCUGAAUGUUGUUGGGAAAGAAAUGUGCCUUAUAUUUUUUUGCCAUAUACUGUCUAACAGGGCUAAUCAACUAUCUUCUUAUGAGAUCAGAUUGGUCGGAAAAAUUGCUUUCUUACAAGGGGCCAGAAGUUUUCUACAUGGAAUGACUGUUAUUAAAACUCAUAUAAAGUAGCCUAACAUGUUCCAGCCAUCUAAGCCUCACUACUCACAUGCCACUUAGUUUGGGGUUUUCUAACACAUACCUUGUACUUUAAAAUAAUUAUUUUUGUUAAUUGUUCUUUACCUAUUACAAAAGAAUGUGAUUGUAUAUAUGGUUAUCAAUGUAAGUGAGUAUAAUGGGGUUUUAUUUGGUGAAGAUGGACAUAUUCACCUUAGUCUGUGUGUCUUAGGAUGUCAUGUUAUAGAAAUCAGGUUUUGAUGAUGUAAAGAAAAGUUUCUUGAAGUUCCUGACUGAGGCCUCAUAGAUUGACUGUGCCAAGUAGGUCAAAUUUAUCAAGAUUAACAUGUUUUUGUAUUAUGAAUAGAGUUCUUCAGAAAUUGAUGUGUUUGCUCAGUUGAACAUAAAUUAGUUUUUGUAUUAUUCUGUAUCAAAUAAACUGAAAUAUGUUUUA